AAUAGUAUAUGUCGAUUAACAUUUAAUGCGCAUCGUGUGACGAUGUGGUCUAAUGGUGGAAGAAAAUGAAAUGCGAAAAAAUCUUUAAUUUGAUUCUGAUAGCGAUUCAAGUCAAGUUAGCUUCGCUCAUAAGAAUUAGUCAAGAAAAGUGACAAUGACAUCUAGAAGUAUUUAUAAGUAUAAUAGACAAUGUACGUAUACGUGCCCAUGUGAAUCGUAUUUCUUAAUAGCAGAGUCGAAUCUAUUGCUUUCAAUUAUAUUUUCGUGCCUGAGUAAAUCAAACAAAAUAAAUUAUUUGGAACCUUCGUUUUCGAGAAGCUAAAGAUUUACAAGAAAAGAAAUAAUAUAGAAAAAGAAUGUUGAUGCAGCGCAGCAGCCAUGAUUCAUGGUUCUUCUUGCUUUGUCAGCAAUUACGUCGCAUUUCCUUUAUAAUGGGCUGCUUGGACUACAAUCAAACUUUUCAACACACAAAUAGUAAUGCAUCACAUAUGAAAUUAAUAGAUAUUCAAUAUUAAGUAUAUUACUUAAUCAGAGCGCAAGUGAUGAUUGAUUGAUCCUUAUAAUAUCCACAAAUUGAAAAGAAAAAAAAUACAAAUGGGUCCAAAUAACUAAAUUGUAUUAUUAUUCUGAUUACAAUUGGCUGGCUGGUAUUUAUUUAACAAUAGUUUAUCAUCCAUAAUAUCAUUGUCAAUUCAAUUGAUUUCAAUGUAAAAAAAAAAGAUCUACACAGAAAACCUCCGGAUCAAGUAGCGGGAUACGAUUCUAGAAAGUCCACGUUAUAGCUUUGUGAUAUCAUAUAGUUUUGAUGCAAAAUUAAAAACUAAGCAUCUUUACACAUAAUAAUUACUGAAAUUGCCAUUCCCAUGUGCCACAACCACUCUCCUAUAUAUACGGCUGUUUACACAAGAAGACAAAACAAAACUCCAUUAAACAAAACCUCUCUUCUUUCUCUCACGCUCUUUUCAUUUGUCAACUGUAAUCGCCGAGAAGAAGAAGAAGAUUCACACACAAGAGAGUAAUAAGAGAAGCUUCUUAAGAAGAUGGAGAAGAAUCAGAAGAUAGAUGACGGUGACUAUAGUGCCUCCACGGCGUCGUUUUCGCCUAGCUUCAGCACUUACUCCGGCGAUAGACUCGCCGAGAUCGCCGCACGAGUCGGCAGCGAAAGUUAUAAAGAGAACGGAAACGAAGAAUUCGAGUUCGCGAUCCUCCAGACGCCUUCUUCUUCCUCCUCCGGCGACGGUGGACUAGUCUUCCCUGUUUUCGACCAGACUCUCCUCUCCGACACUUCCGCCGCCGUGGAACGUGAGGACGUUUCGCCGGAAGCGGUUGCGACGCCUUUAAAAGAUCUGUUCCUCCUGGAGCGCAACGACCAGCCGCCGCCGCCGCCACCGACGUAUUCAUCGUCGUCGGAGGACGAGGAAGAUGAUGAUCUAGACACGAUACCGAGCGAGAUCUACUGUCCAUGGACGCCGGAGAGAUCAGCGGCGGAGAUGUCUCCGAGCGGAGGAUGCAGAAAGAGCAAAUCGACGGGGUCGUCGACGACGUCGUCGUGGUCGAGGAGACGGUGGAGAAUCAGAGAUCUGUUAAAGAGAAGUCGCAGCGACGGGAAACAAUCACUCGAGUUCCUAGAUUCCACGACUUCAUCACCUUCUCCGAAGACUACUACGGUGGUGAAGAAGAAGGAGAAGGAGAAGGUUUCAGCACACGAGAAGUUUUACUUGAGGAACAAAGCUAUCAAGGAAGAAGACAAGAAAAGAUCAUAUCUUCCGUACAAGCAAGAUCUUGUCGGACUUUUCUCCAACGUUAGCCGUUUCAGCAAAACUUUUCCUCCUUUCUAAUCUGAUCUGAUCUGAUCUGAUCUGAUCCAUAACACCAGACAAUGUCCUCUCUUCUCUUUGGAUCCAUUCGGUUAAACUUUAGUUUUUUUUGUUUGUUUUAUUUACUUUCUAAUAAAGUAUAACUAGUUCACAUUCGUAUCUAAUAAACUAUAGUUUAUAAAAGAUGUAGUAGAUGACUGUUUAAUAAAUACGUCUUCAAUUAUAUCUUUUUUUUUUCCUGCGUUUGUGCAAUAGUUGAUCAUGUUCAUACGAUGUUGUUGUAAUUUUUUUAAUAUAAUUUGGGUUCAGUA